GAAUUUCGAUAUCGACGCAAUCGGUUGAAAAUUUUCUGCAAAAUUUUCCAUGUUUUCAGUGUUUUAUGUUUUGUUUUUCGGUUUAUCCUAAAGAUAAACGUUUUCUCAAAGUCGGUAUGGUGUCAGUUUUACAUUAGACAUAAAUUUCACGGCGCAAAUCGUGCUUCUACGUCGGGAAAAAUUGGAUACGAAACAAUCUGGUGAAAUUCUAAAACGCAAAGAGUGCAACAAUGUCUUGGCUAAAGUUAAACGAUAGUCUUAAUAAAGUUAAGGGACAAAUAACCAGCUUCGCCCAAGAAGUGCUGGCCGAAGGAAUAGUCCGUGAGAAUGAAGAUGGUGAAGAUGACGGACAGGAGCAAGAAUCGGAACCUGCGAAUCAGGUUCGGGAUAUUGGGCAAGCCAAACAGCGGAUCAGUGAACUAACGGGACUUUGUGCGACGCAGGAUCAAGAGAUUGCAACACUUCGCAAACAAAUUGCAGAAUAUCAGCAACAGCUCCAGAACCAAUCGGCAGUGAAACAUUUGCCGUCACCAUCGCCAUUGCCGCCGCCACCAGCCGGAGAGUCUUCCACUACCGGUUUCAAGCUAGGGGUCGAUCAACAUGCCGUGCCAUCGACGUCGUCCAGUACAGCUUCUGCGGCCCCGGCACCAGUGGCGACCCUCGAGGACAGCUGGUUCUGGGAUCCGGAGCAGAACGUUUCCUCCACCACAUCGACGGCGAGCAGUUCGUCGAAGAAGGGUGACGAAAAUGAUUCGCCCCGAUCAGGGGGCGCACCGGAUCUGACCACCAUCCCGUUGGAGGCGCCUGCUUCGGAAGCGGAAAUUAUCGAACGGUUACAGCGACUAGUAACCGAUCAACGGCAGCAGAUUAAGAAGCAACAGCUGGAAAAUGCCCUGCUCGGUGAGAAACUGAUCCAGGUUACUGGAGAAAACAAAGAGCUCAACGAAAAUAUCGAGGAACUUGAUCGACAACACGAGAUGGUAGUCGAAAAUUUGAUCGAAACUAAGAAAGGUUUGCAGGAUAAAAUCGCCAGACUCGAGGAAGCCUUGAGAGUUAAAGAAGGCGAAGCAACUGUGGGCAAAGAGUUGGACGAAUUGAAGAAAAAAUACGACAAGUUGGAACAAUGCUAUACAGAUUCGUGCCAGGAAACAGUUCGACUCAAAGCGGAACUCGAGAGAAUCGUGGUGGAAAACGUGGACUCAGUGGCUGGUUUCGAAACAGAAAUCGAAGAUCUCAAGCAAACGCUGCAAGAUUUUGAACAACAAUCACAAAAAGCAAUGGAUACAGCAGAUCAAAUGAUUAAUAAAUUAACAGCCGAAAAAGUGGAUCUUGAUGAAAGGUUAUCGACGCUUAAGGACGAAAACGAACAAGUUCUUAAAAACCUGUCAGAAAUGGAAGACAAAAACAAGCUUCUUGAACAGGCUGCAAAAGAACACGAAAUUGUUCAACGGGAGCUCGCUGAGCUGAAGCGUAAAUCGGAAGAAGAGGAGUUCGUCGCUUUGCAGCGUGAAGGUCAAUCAGAGCUGGAAGAAGCGCUUCGAAGGAACCAGGAGCUAAUUGAAGAAAUGGAACGAUGGAAAAACGAUUGCGAUCGUUUACAGGAGGAUAAUUUAAACCUUCAGAAGCUUGAAAAACAACUACAAAGCCAACUUCAAGAGAAGAACGGAAUUAUCGCCAAUGUCAAUCAACAAGCUCCUCUAGCAGAAGAAUCCCAGCUUCAGAUUCAGCAACUCCAGCAAGAAGUUGGUGCCUUGCAAAACGAGCUCCGUAGUGUGAUCAUCGACAACUCCGUACAGAUGGAUGCAAAGGAGAAGGAAUGGCAGGAAAAGUUGAACUUCUUGAAAGCAGAAAAUUCUCGCAUUCAGCACAGCAAAGACACAUUGGAAGCAGACCUGAUUCAAUACGAAAAAGAAUGUUCGAGCUUGCUGAAAAACAAUGAUCAUCUGCUAGCGGAGUUGGAGAACUUAAAGCUCAAAAAAUUGGAAACAAUCAACGAAAAUGCUGAGGAUAGCAUUGUGAUCCUGGAGAAACAAUUGGAAGAUUGCGGUCUUAUGAACAAGAGUUUAGAGGCGGAAUAUCGGGAAGUAAAUAAAAAAUUGGAAGAAGUUAUGGAGGAAAGAGAGGAAUUGGAAACCAAGGUGGAGCAGCUUAAGAAUGAUCUGGUCGAUAAAACGAAUGUCAUAAAAAAUAUGAAAAUGACAAUUGAGAAUUUAGAAGUGGAAAAAAGUAAUUUGCUUUUCGAAAUUAAUGAAGCGCAAUCCAAGGACCAACAUCAAGAACAAAAUGAUGUAAUCGAAAGUUACAAAUUAGAAACUGAAAAACUGAAGGCCCAAUUAACAACAAUCAAUGAGGACCACGCUAGUCUUGUUCUGAAAUUAAAACAGCUUCAACAGAGUUCCGUGGAAAAUAUUAAAAGUUUGACAACGGAAAUUUCUGAUGCUAGAAAACAACUGGAAACAAAAGAAUCUGUGAUCCAACAAUUGAAAUCUGAUAUUAACAGCAUGAAAAUCAAUCAGCAAGCUUCCGAUGAACACAAGAUCAAAGAACUGCAGGACAGACUUGAAGCAGAAUCCGUUCAAAGCUAUAGCUUAGCAACCGAAAAGGACGAAGCCUUAGGGAAAUUAACACAACUUGAGAGUGUUUACAAUGCUUUAAAAGGGGAAUACGAUGACCAUUGUCGGAGUUGUACCCAAAAGAUUGAAGAACUGAAUCAAACUGUUGAGUCCCUUAACCAACAGAAAGAAAACCUAGUCCAAUUGAUAACCACAAAGCACAACGAAAGCGUUCAGUAUCACGCCGAAAUUCAACGGCUCAAUCAACUGCUACAGGUGGAAUUAGCCAGCAAGAAUGAACAACAGACCCCAGCAGAGUGUGUGGAGUGCGCUACACUGCGAGAACGAUUGUCGGCAUCCGAAAGCCAAGCAAAGAAACUGGAAGACUACGAAAAACUGACCGAUCAAGUUCAGUUCCUGAGGGAAAAAUCCGACAUUCUUACCAACAAUCUACUGAUCGAACAGAACAAUCAGAAACUGCUGCAGCAGGAGAAGCUGGACAUUGUCGAACAGAGGAACAGCUUGGAGAAGGACCUGCAGCGACUGCGGGAGCAUCUUAUGGAGAUCGAGGAAGCACACACGACCGAAACCGUUGAGCUGCAACAGAAGUACACCGAAACGCGAAACAAACUACAGGCCCUGGAGGAAGAAGUCAAAAAGUCCACGAACGCGAUGACUUCUGCAAGCAUUCGGGCGAAUCAGCACGCUGAAACUCUGCAGGCGCAGUAUCAACUGCUGCAGCAGCAACGCGAUGAGCUGCUGGCCAAGCUGGGGGCGGCCGAUGACCGGGACUACAAGAACCAGGCUUCGCUGACCAAUCUGCAGUGCGCGCUGGAGCAGUUUCAGAUCAAUAAGGACCGGGACAUCGAACUUGCAACAACUGCAAUACGGAACGAGCUAGAGCAAACGAAUGCACGAGAAAACGCCCUUAAAGCGGACAUCCGGCAAUUGCAGCAACAACUGGCGGACGCUAAGAAUGGUCUCCUGGCGGCGGCCCGAAUAUCGGACCAGCUCGAGAUUGCCCAAGUAACAGUGGCCUCGCUCAAAGACGAUUUGGCCAAAAGUACGGAAAAGUAUGCGACCCUCGAGAAUCGACUGCGUUUGACGGAAGCCAGUCAGGCAGAUAAGGUUGAAAAAUCCUUGGUCAAGAAUCUGGUGAUUGGAUACGUUGUAGCGCCGCAUCAGAACGAUAAACAGCAGAUACUGAAACUGAUUUCAGCUGUUCUAACCAUGGACCAGACCGAGUGCAAUAAGGUUGGCUUAAAUCGGGGAACUGCCGGGGGAUGGUUCAAUACUAUUCUGGGUGGAUCAGCUGGCACAGGAACUGGAGGUAACGCAUACAACAAGGAAAGUUUAUCGGAAGCUUUCGUUAAAUUCUUAGAGAAGGAAUCCGCACCUCAAUCGGUCAAUAGCUCCGGUUCCAGUUUGCUCAAUAUCAUGCAGUCCCAGCAGUCAACCAACAGUAGAACAACGACUCCCACCGAGCAGCAGCAGCAGCACGCGCCAUCGACAGAUCGACAUUCACAAGCAUUUUCAACUAAUUCAAACGUUCCCCUUCAAAUACCGCAACCGGUGAUGGUCCGUAACGACCCACAGCAGCAACAACAGGCACCAUUUCCGGUGCAACCCAUUCUGCUGGGCAGCGAAAGCACCAUCUCAUUCCCCACACCUCGAAGUUCCAGUGCGAUACUGAAGGACAUUCUGAGUGAUUCUUGAUUUUUCGAACUGUAGGAUAGUUGUUAACACCGUGAUGAAGAAAAAACUUUCAAACGGGAUCAACUUAUCCUAUAGGCAAAAUAUUAUGUACAUAGAAGAAUUUUAGUUUCCUUUAUGUUUUGUUGUUAUCGAUAGAAUUAAAAUGCUACUGUGCAAUGAAAAAAAAAAUGCCACAGAACAUAAUACAGUGGACGCUUGUAACUAAAUUGCAUUGAUGAAAAGGGAAGACGAACGUAAAACAGUCACUAGUUGUUGGAAAAUUAUUAUGAAAGAAGAAGCAAAAACGUACUCUGAUAACCGUAAGGUUUAACGGCUAAAUUAUCCUAUUAUAUGAAAAAUAUAUGAAACAAAAAUAAA